CCACGAUGCAGCCUCCCACUCCCACUCCAUUUUUGCAGUCACUCGCUUGAAGCAUGGCCCACAGAGCCCUCGUGAGGCCAAUUGGCCUUGUGCCUGCCCUCUGCCGCCCACAGCACGUCUCCCGCCCGUUCAGCACCGUUCUCGACACUCCCAUCAACCCGGCCGCUCAACAGACCCCACCGCCAGCCCCGAGCUCGUCUGUCUUUCACGAUGCGGUGCAGGCAGCAGCCCCGAGGACGAACUGGACGAAGGAGGAGAUCUCUGAGCUCUACAACACGCCCCUGAUCAACCUCACGUAUGCUGCGGCCACGGUCCACCGCCGCUUCCACAACCCCGCCGCGAUCCAGAUGUGCACUCUCAUGAACAUCAAAACCGGCGGCUGCAGCGAGGACUGCAGCUACUGCGCCCAGUCGUCCCGCUACAACACCGGCCUCAAAGCCAGCAAGAUGGUCGACGUCGCCUCCGUCCUCGAAGCCGCCCGGGUCGCAAAGGAGAAUGGCAGCUCCCGCUUCUGCAUGGGCGCCGCGUGGCGAGACAUGCGCGGUCGGAAGACAAACCUGAAGAACGUCAAGGAAAUGGUCAAGGGCGUGCGCGCAAUGGGCAUGGAGGCCUGCGUGACACUGGGCAUGAUUGACGCCGAGCAGGCAAAGGAGCUCAAGGAUGCCGGCCUGACGGCCUAUAACCACAACGUAGAUACCUCCAGGGAGCAUUAUCCGAGCGUCAUCACUACGCGGACGUAUGAUGAGCGACUGGCCACUAUCAACAACGUGCAGAAUGCUGGCAUCCACGUCUGCACAGGCGGCAUUCUCGGACUGGGUGAGAAACCGCAGGACCACGUCGGCCUCAUCCACACGGUUGCUACCCUCCCAUCGCACCCCGAGUCUUUCCCGGUCAACGCCCUUGUACCCAUCAAAGGCACGCCGCUGGGCGAAAGCAAAGCGAUCGCCUUCGACGCUAUUCUCCGCACAAUUGCCACCGCGCGGCUCGUCCUGCCAACCACCAUCAUCCGUCUGGCAGCGGGUCGACAUACCAUGCGCGAAGAGAAGCAGAUGAUGUGCUUCAUGGCAGGCGCCAACGCUGUCUUCACUGGGGAGAAGAUGCUGACGACGGCCUGCAACGGGUGGGAAGAGGACAAGGCCAUGUUUGAUAGGUGGGGCCUAAGGCCAAUGGAGAGCCACGAGACAAUCGGGGGUCAGCAAGAGAUUGCUGAAGCCAAAAGCGAAGCGAGUAUCGGGGAAGCACUCACGUCAGCAGAACAGACUACACCGGCUAGCAUAUGAGAAUCGGGAUGCCGUCUAUGCUCAAACACCAGAGGGUCGGAUGAUUAGCGUCUCCAUCGCCCUCUAGAGGCCUUCAGGCGGGGUAAUGCCCGCGCGAUAUAUACAUCAACCCUUAUAGACGCGCGUAUAGAACGCCAUCUUCCUUGCCCACCCUUUUUGUCGUCUCCGCCUCUGAGCUCUGCGCUCUUCUUGCGCACCAUUCCUCCAUCGUACCCACUAACCUCCGAAUCUCCUCCACCGUGUUCCCUGCAUGCAGGCAAACUCUAACUCUAGACGUGCCUUCAGGAACGGUCGGCGGUACCACAGCCCUUACCAUCAUGCCCUUGUCUUGUAGGUACUUAGCCAGCGCCUUAG